AUGGAGAAGACAGAUCAGAGAGAAACUAGAGACUUCAUGAACGUUGAAUCGUUCUCUCAAUUGCCCUUCAUUCGUCCGGCACCCGUUAAAGAAAAGGCCAUUAGGUUAUUUGGUAAAGAAUUUGGAGGAGGUGACUCAAUUCCUUCUGAUCCUCACGAAGAACCGGAGCUGUUUACCGAGACCGGUACUCGUGAAGAGACCAAAGACAGCGAUAAUAAUGGCGAAAGCAGCCGGAAAUUUGAAUGCCAUUACUGUUGCAGAAACUUUCCUACUUCACAAGCCCUUGGAGGUCAUCAAAAUGCCCAUAAAAGAGAGCGUCAACAUGCUAAAAGGUUACACCUUCAAUCUGCUAUGGUGCACAGUGCUGUAUCUGAUCACUCUCACCUCUAUGGUCUAAUGAGUUAUCCACUUGGUUCAGCCGCAAGUACACCAGCUUACAAUUCAUGGACUAAUUACAACAGCAGCAAUUCUUACAGUAACGGGUUUUAUGGUCGCCAUGGAUUUAGUUACUCUAGACCACCUAUUAAUGGUAGACCAUUGGCCUUGUGGCGAAUCCCAUCUGUCCAUACUUCCACUGCCUUUAGGCGCGACCAUUCAUCAACUCAUCAGCUACCGCUGUUUUCUAAGGACGAUUUGAAGCUAUCGUCAAUCAAUGGCUCUGAUUCUCAAAGCAGAUUCGUGUACGAAUCAAAGCCAAGCAUGCAAGAUCAUGUAAGUUUGGAUUUACGCCUUUAA